UUUUGAAUAAACUUUAUUGAGGAGCCGGAGCAAGAGCAGGAUUCCGGGCCUCGCCGAGGCCUCUAGAGUCGCCGAGAAGCAGCGCAGCCGCUUUGGCGCGAGAAGGCCUCGAUCACCGCCGUGGAGUUAGGCGCUCCUGCCCGGAAGGGAGAAAGAAGCCCGGGACGAGUCGUGCGAGUCCGCAGUGCUUCGCCUCCGCUGCGGGCCUGGGGCGAGGCGAGGGCGUCUCUGGCCGCGACGAGGGAAGCCCCCCCCCGGACCAGUAUCCUCCCGGGAGUCAAGGGGAGCCUGGCUGGGAAGUGGGGAGUAUUUGGGAGCCCGACGGAGAGAGGCGCGAGAGGAGCGAGACCCGAAGGUCGCCCAGGAGAGCGCGAUGUCCCUCAGCGGCUUUGUCAGCUGGGAAUCUCCUUUGGGGAGAAACUGAGGAAGCGGGCAAGUUUGGGGCUGCAGCAGAUGCAAGGGUGAUACCCCCCCAAAAAAAGAAACAAAAAAGGAACCUGGGAAGUUUAGGCCAGGAAGGCGAGGGGGGUUUCCCUUCCUAGAGUGGGGGCAAACUUGGGGAGACUGCCUUGGAGGGCUUCGGAUGAUCAGAAGCAGCCCAUGAAACUUCAGGUUGAAACUUUGGGGUUCAAGAGACUGCCUGCAGGCAAGCCCUGCUGUUUUGGGGGAGGAAGAAGACACCACGGGCAUCCCAAGGAUCCAACAAGCACAUUUUGCAGGGAAGUUGGUGCUUGGGGAGUUGGGCUGCCUGGCUGGGAUGAAAUAAUUUAGCCCCCACUCAGCUGAAGAAAGACUGGCUCUCCUGCACACCUCAGCAUGACCGCGUCCUUCAACUUGCCAUAGCGGACGCUUUGACGUUGUUCGGUUCCUGGAGGGUCUUCCUUUGCUUGAACUUGGUCCCACCAUGGCCUCUGUCCCUGUGUAUUGUCUCUGCCGCCUGCCCUAUGAUGUCACCCGCUUCAUGAUCGAGUGUGACGUUUGCCAGGACUGGUUCCACGGCAGCUGUGUUGGAGUAGAAGAAGAUGCAGCAGCCGACAUUGACUUGUAUCACUGCCCUAACUGCCAACUUCUUCAUGGACCAUCUGUCAUGAAACGACGCCGGGGGACCCAAAAACAGCCUGACUCCUGUGCGGUCAAAGAGGUUGGCAAGGCGGUGAAGACUGGAAGCAGUCUGUUCAUCAAGGAACUUCGCAGCAGGACGUUCCCUAGUGCGGAUGACGUUAUCCUAAAGCCAAGCGGGACCCAGCUGACUGUGGAGUUUCUGGAGGAGAACAGCUUCAGCGUCCCCAUCCUUGUCCUGAAGAAGGAUGGGCUGGGCAUGACCCUUCCUCCACCUUCCUUCACCGUGCGGGAUGUGGAGCAUUAUGUGGGAGCUGACAAGGAGAUUGAUGUGAUUGACGUGACUCGCCAGGCCGACCUCAAGAUGUGCUUGGGUGACUUUGUCAGAUAUUACUCCAGCAGUCGCCGGGAGAAAGUACUGAACGUCAUCAGCCUCGAAUUCUCUGAGACCAGGCUCUCUAAUUUGGUGGAGACUCCAAAGAUUGUGCGCAAAUUGUCCUGGGUAGAGAACCUGUGGCCAGGCGAGUCGGUGUUUGAGCGUCCCAACGUGCAGAAGUACUGCCUGAUGGGCGUGCGAGACAGCUACACGGACUUCCACAUUGACUUUGGUGGCACCUCUGUCUGGUACCAUGUGCUGCGGGGAGAAAAGAUAUUCUAUCUGGUGCGUCCCACUGCUGCCAACUUGACCCUCUUUGAAGCCUGGAGCAGCUCUUCCAAUCAGAACGAGUUGUUUUUUGGGGACCAGGUGGACCGAUGUUAUCGCUGCCCCGUCCGUCAGGGCCAGACACUCUUCAUACCCACAGGUUGGAUCCAUGCCGUGUUGACCCCCGUUGACUGCCUGGCCUUUGGGGGAAACUUCCUACAUAGUCUCAACAUUGAGAUGCAGCUCAAAGCCUAUGAGAUUGAAAAGCGUCUCAGCACAGCUGACCUCUUCAAGUUUCCCAACUUUGAAACCAUCUGCUGGUACGUUGGUAAACACCUCCUGGAUAUCUUCCGAGGCCUUCGAGAGAACCGCAGACACCCGGCUGCUUAUUUGGUUCAUGGGGCCAAAGCCCUGAACACAGCCUUCCGCUCCUGGACUAAGAAGGAGGCCCUGGCAGAGCACGAGGAAGAAAUCCCUGGCACGGUGCGCCCAGCACAGCUCAUCAAAGACCUGGCCAAGGAGAUCAGGCUCGUGGAAGAUAUAUUCCAGCAGAACAUUGGGAAGACAGGGAGCCCGUUUGGAUUGCAGAGGGGUACCCAGCCUGGUGCAGCCGCCAAAAGGGGAGACCAGAGCCCCAAGGAACUGAGCCAGAAGGCCAGCCGGAAGUACGUUGCCUCUGUCAAAGCCUUGGAGCAGGAGCUACUGGACAAAUACAAGCAGCAGGCCCUGAAAGCGGAGAGUCCUGGCCAGGAGGAGUUUGAUCUGCCAAGUUCCAGCCUGGAGGACACAGAUGGGGAACCCGACCUGACGGAGGAGGAGCUGCCCAUGAUGGUCGCCAACGGCCGGGGCACCAGCAGGAAAAUCAAGGCCUCUGAACGCAGCCGGAGCCAUAAAGGAGCACUAGCACAAGUUCCCCGCAGCCCAUCUGAUGCUGAAGCCCCCGAUAUGGACUCUGAGGAGGACCUGCAGAUUGACGAGACACCGCGCAGGGAGAGGAGGAGCCUGGGGCUGCACAAGAGGCUGGCCAAAUUUCCCCGGAAGUUGCCACGAGCCAAGCCCUGCUCCGACCCAAACAAAGUGCGAGAGCCAGGGGAAGUAGAGUUCGACAUUGAGGAGGACUACACCACAGAAGAGGAGGACGCCUCUGGCGAUGACCAGCUGGAGGGCAGCAGCAGCGCCGCCGGGAUCCUGGACCUGCUCAAGGCCAGCCGGCAGGUGGGCGGUGCAGACUAUGACGAGCUCAGUGAUGCCCCUGCCUCCCCCAGCACUCAGGAAGCCAUCCAGGGCAUGCUGUGCAUGGCCAACCUCCAGUCCUCCUCGUCCUCACCAGGGGCCUCCAGCUUGCAAGCCUGGUUGACAGCUGGGCACGAACGUGGCUCUGCGGGAGCCUCCGGCACUCAGCGCUCAGGAAAGAGGCCCAUCAAGCGCCCGGCCCAUCACAGCACCGAUAGCGAGGAAGAGGCCAGCAUGGAUGAGCAAGAGAGCCUGGGCGCCUGCUUCAAGGAUGCCGAGUACAUUUACCCUUCCUUGGAAUCGGAUGAAGAUGACCCAGCCUUGAAGUCUCUACCAAAGAAGAAGAAAUGCACAGAUGAUGCGCCUUGGAGCCCCAAGGCCCGAGUCACCCCAACACUGCCCAAGCAAGACCGUCCCGUGCGUGAGGGGACCAGAGUGGCAUCUGUCGAGACAGGCUUGGCAGCUGCGGCAGCUAAACUGGCUCAGCAGGAACACCAGAAGUCGCAGCGACGGAAACUCGUAAAAAAGAAGCUGCCCUCUCCCAAGCCACCCAGCCCGGAGCCGGAGCCGGAGCCGGAGCCGGAGCUGGAGCUGGAACCAGAACAAGAACCAGAACAAGAACCAUUGGAAGCCGAAGUGGAACCAGACCUGCCUCUGCCACAGCAGGAUCCGGAUCCUGGAGCGGCGGCUCUGGCACCCACUCCUCCCACCCCAGAACCCAAGCAGGAGCAGUUUGCUGGCAGCCUGGUGGACCAUGAGUACACCGCCCGGCCCAAUGUCUUUGGCAUGGCCCAGGUGAACCGUAGCUCCACACCCAUGGCACCUGGCGUCUUCUUGUCCCAGCGGCGCCCCUCGGCUGGCUCCACAGGUCCUCAGGCAGCGCAAGGGAAACGCCCCAAGAAGGGCUUAGCGACAGCCAAGCAGCGGCUGGGACGCAUCCUGAAGAUUCACCGAAAUGGCAAGCUGCUGCUCUGAGUGGCAUCCUCGCACUGGCUCCCAGACCUCACGCCCCUUGGGCACCAGCGGACGAGUGAGGCACAGAGACACUGCCUUUGUGUUCUCGGGAGAGCUGCCGGGACAAUGGGGUGUGGAAGAGCCCCCCGUGCGACCUCUCCCUCAUGUGGAUCAGGGCCAAGACUGAGCUCCUCCUGCCACUGGAAGCAUUGGGCUAGAUUGGCAGCCGUUCUGAUGUUGAGCUGAACCAUGCUUCCUUCCCCUGAAGAGGAAAGACAACGCCAGAGGCGCAGAGGGGCUUCAUCACGCCCACUGACUCUCCAUCCCUACCUCGACCCGCUGCUGCACUUCCUUUUCUUUUUCUGUCUAUUUUGGGGCUUAUACCUCUGUAGAGUUCUCCCCCUCCCACUGCCAUAUCGCACACAAGGAUAUUGGUUAGGCCAUUUCUACCCAGCUACCUUUUGCACCAAGGAGUGCUUUUAAUUUUCUUUUUUUUAACAGUCUUCCUCCCCCCCCCACUACAAAAAAGAGGGAAGCAACUGCUUAUUGCCCUCACUUAAAGCAGAUAGCCCUUCUCCUUUCUCAGUCUUCUAGAAGGAUCCCUCCAAGUCUGACCCCCUUUCAGACACACCUUGUGUGCUCCAGAGCAUCACCUGCCAGCUUGGCAAACUCCCAAGAAAGCAGGACAGGGACAGCUCCCUGGGGAAAUGCAAAGGUAUUUUUUCCCUGCGCUGCUUCUCAAGAACUUGGGUUUCAGGAGAGGGCAGGCUGGAUAGAAUUGGUUUUUUAAAAACCCAGCCAGCUGCAGUGAGAGAGUCGCCAUCAUGGCUUAUGCACACAAAACAUGCCAUUGGUAAAGUCACCUUCAUUGUGUGAGUGGGGGUCAGGUGUUGUUGCUUUUCAUGUCCUUCCAGAUCAUAAGCUCCCUGCACAUUCAAGAUUAGCAUUUUGGGGGAAGGCUAAGCUAGUGUCUUCCCCUGACUUGCCCGGUUAUCUAUGUGAAGGGUUCUGUUGUUUUACUGUUGUUGUUUUGUUUUUAAUCUAGCACACAAACCCUCCCCCCACUUGUCAGAAGUGAUACAGGCCAGCACCAGCUACAUCCAAUGGGGCUGCUAACCAUGGGGUUCCUCUGGUGGUGGGGGGCUCAGAGUAUCUCCCCUGUAAUAGAUCUGCUAGGUUUUCUUUUAUGACAUGAGGGUCUCCAGUAAGGCUUCCCAGUUCUUCCUACUGCAAAUCUCUUCUAUUGUUAAUUUCCCCUUCCACACCCCACUUUUCUGGGUCUGUUUUUACAUUCUUCACAUGAAGCAGUCUCCCUUCCACUCCCCCCCACUUUCGACCCCUACAGCGGCAGGGAGGGCACCAUGCCCCCUAAGAAAGGACUUUAAAAAGACAUUUGUACCCAGCUGCACGGCUCAGUUUAUAUGGCUGUGUACCAUAUUUUUAUGCCAGACUCCAGCAGGCUUUGUGUAAAUGUUUGAAUUCUAUUUUUUAGGCAUCUCUCUAGAAAUGUGUGUUUAAAAAAAAAUUAAUGAAGCUGAAACUUUUUUAUAUAUAUAUUCAAGGUUAGAAUAAAACCUUUGAUGGUUUAGCAUGGCUCGUA